CCAGAUCUGGACAAGGUGAUCACAUUGGGUCUGAUUCUAGCACUGUCGCUGCGCACUCCAAAACCCACAACGGUGGUAAAUUAUUGGAGCAGUUAAAUAUUACAGAAAAAGCAGGAAAAGUGCCUGAAUGUAAUUUGAAAGAAAUAAAAAAUGAAAAUAGUGCAGUAUUAAAUGAAGAAGUAGUAGAAGUAGAUCAAAUCUCACAACUAAAUUCCAAUGAAGAAAAUUCUAAAGAGAUAGAUCUCUCUGAGCCCUUGGCCAAGAAGUCUUCUGAAACUUUGUGUCAAGGAGAGCUGAGCACCGAACCCAAAAGUCGUACUCAAUCUAUGCCACUUGGAUCACCGUCCUCAAAUUUAAAGACUCUUGUGGUCAGGGUAAAACAAAUGACAGAGGAUGAACUGAGAACUUUUCUCCCCAGCAAGGUUUUGCCAAGC